UCAUUGAACCGAAGAGAACCCGCCAGCUUCGUUUCAUCGAUCGUCGGAUUUACACUUUUCGUUUCUCGAAUUUUUCCUCUGAUUUUUCAAAAUUGUUCUUCUGUUCUUUCGAUUUGCGAUUUCUCGAUCUCGAUUUCGAUUCUUUUAACCUCAGCAGAUUUCGAAUUUAGGUAUUUUUUUAAAAAAAUUCCCUCUCAGAUUUCGCGUCGAUGGCGUCUAAUCCUCACAGAGGCGGUGCCGGUGGUUCUCUAUACGGCGGCGCUGCUCCGUAUAGAUCCGGGGAAGGGCUUAGCACUAGAAAUGCUGCUGGUUCAGAGGAAAUCCAGCUGAGGAUUGAUCCUAUGCACUCUGAUCUUGAUGACGAGAUCAGUGGUCUCCAUGGCCAAGUCAGACAGUUGAAAAAUAUUGCUCAAGAAAUUGGGUCAGAAGCGAAGUUUCAGAGGGACUUCUUAGAUGAACUGCAAAUGACAUUGAUCAGAGCGCAAGCUGGGGUGAAGAACAACAUAAGGAAACUGAACUUGAGCAUAAUCCGUAGCGGCAACAACCACAUCAUGCACGUGGUUCUUUUUGCGCUCCUCCUCUUCUUUAUCCUCUACAUGUGGUCCAAGAUGUUCAAAAGAUAGAGAGACUCAUGACAUACAUAGUUUUGUAAACCCAAAAAAAAAAUGCCCCUUGAUGAAUGUUGAUGACAAGUUGUAGAAAUAUCCUUAGAUUACAACAUUUUGUGGUUCUUCUCGCUCCCUGUUAUAUAGAGUGCUUGUUUGGAACAUUUAUAUAUGAUAGCAAAAUUUGAUCA